AUGUCGAUGCCCAUUCUCCCUAUCAUUGAUACAGACAUAUUCGCGUCAAGUCCUUCUAGCAUUGAGUCUGUACAAGAAUGCAAGAAGGCUGCCGAUGCGUUGAUAACAUUCGGUGCUCUUAUCCUCCACGAUUCACGAGUUUCUGAAGAAGACAACAGCACCUUCCUCGACCUUCUUGAAGACUAUUUCGCACAGUCCUUGGCUGAAUUGCAGAAGGAUGAACGCCCGGAAUUGGGUUAUCAAGUCGGAGUGACUCUUGAGAACACGGAAAAGCCCAAGUGUGCAGUUGACGAGCCAUGUCUGAAUGUUAUCGCACGCUUGGAUCCUGCUGAACGACCCUUGGACAUAAUGGGGCACAAUCCAGAUCCAAAGUGCAGGUUCUUCUGGAGAAUGAGCGAGAAACCACCGUACGAAACCGCAUUCCCUUCGCUUAAUGCAGCCAAUGUUGUGCCACAAGCCGAACAUAUACGUCAACGUUGGACUCCUGUCAUGGAGAAAUGGGGACAAGCAAUGAAGACUGCUGUCGAAAGUCUCGCACAAAUGGCAGCCAUAGGCUUGGGGUUGCCUCAAGAAACCUUCACGGACGCAGGGCGAUAUGGUCCUCACUUACUUGCGCCAACGGCGUCAGACCUGGUGAAAUACUCAAAGAAGGAUACGAUACUCGCCGGGUUCCAUACCGAUUUGAACUUUCUUACUAUCCACGGCCGCUCUCGCUACCCUGGCCUCAACGUCUGGGCACGCAAUACAGGCAAACGCAUUCCAGUCACAUUCCCAACGACCGGUCGGUACCUUCUGGUACAGGCAGGCAAGCAGCUAGAGCAUCUCAGUGGAGGGUUGAUCAAGGCUGGAUACCACGAGGUUGUUGUGAACGACGCGACGUUGCAGGCUGUCGAACGACGCAAAGCUUCAUUUACUGAUCGUCCAUUGAUCCGUAUCUCCUCUACGUUCUUCUGUCACCUUUCAUCCGACUACGAUCUCGCUCCGAUCCCAUCUUUGCAAGCACGAGCUCAAGCCAUCCGGGCGGAUGCGAUCAACCUAGGCAAGAUAGACCUCGACGAAGAAUCAGAUUAUCCACCAAUGAAAGUAGGACAACAAGUCCAGAAGUGA